ACUUAUUCAUGCAAAAAUUAUUUAUUGUAUACUUACCCAAGCAUUGGGGAUACAGCCUUAAAAAAGAUUACGACCCUUCCCUCACAAAGCUUGCAUUCUUGAGAGGGAGACUGAUAAUAAGCAACAAAUCCAAAACAUUGUUUCAGACGGUGAUGAGUGCUGAGAAGGAAAUAAAGCAAGGCCAAGUCUUUAUAGAGUGUUUGUGGCUAUUUUAGAUGUAUGGUCAGUCAAGGGUUCUUCGCAGAGGUGACAUUUGAGUUGAGACUUAAAUGACAAGAUGGAAUCAGUAGGCAAAGCACUAAGCAGAAGAAACAGUUCUUGUGCGAGGAGCAAGAAAAAGGAAUGAUUAACAAUGAUGGAUGGAACUUGGCGACUUCCGGGAACAGCAUGAAGGCCUUUGUGAUCAAAACAUGGUGAGUAUGUGCUGAUGAGGUCCCAGAGUUAGGCAAGGAGUUUCAUUUUUUAUUCUAAGUGCAGUUGGUAUCCACUGGAAGUUUCAAGUAGAGCGUGGAUUGUGAGGGAUGUAAUAAUAACAGACAGUUUAAAAUACAAUAUUGUACUUCGAUUUGACUUCUUCGAAACCUAGUUUCCAAUUCCAGUGCUGGUCAAACAACACCCUGGCCGUCCCUGUUUGAGCAGGCUGUUUGCGCUUGCCGCGGCUUGUUUGUCCCUGGCGCCCCGCUGUUGAAAGCCUCGGAGCGUGUGACAGUUGGCAGGCGCAGUGAGGCGCAGCUCGAGCCAAGUCAAUGCAGGGGCCGGGGCUGAGGGAGGGGAAGAGGCAGAGGAGGCGGUGAUGGCGCGCUGGGAGGGCGGCGGCCUCUGCAGCGAGGGUGGUGGCGAUGCGCACACCGAGAGGAGAAGAAGGAAGCGGUCCCCGACGAGCCUCCUCAGGGCUUACGGGGCCCCUGGCGGUUCGGCCUCGGAGGCUAGCGGGGCUGCCCGAUUUGGCACUGGAAACAAUGGUGGCUCGGGGCUGGAGGCAAUGGCGCGAGUGCUGCGGGGCAGGGGCGACUAGGGGAGUUUCGGUUUCUCGGGCCUAGCGCCGCGGAGCCUUGCUGCGGGCCCCAGUGGUGGCACCCCCGGGAACCGCAGGUGUUGAUUUAAGGCUCGGAACAGGCGGGCCUUCUGCCCACAUCCUGCGGCGCCCGCGACCCGGGCCGGACGAUCCGGCGCCGGGUUUUGUUAUCCGCCCGCACCUAGAGGCCGCGCCCGCAGCCGCCAGCCCCGGGACUGGACCCCAGGGCGCCCUCAGCCCUGCGGGGUCCCCGCCCUCUCUUCCGUCUCCUCCUCACCGCCCUCCUGGGGCACUCUGAUGCGGGCGGGCAUCUCUGCCGAAAACACCUACAGCGCCCGCUCCCUCGGUUCUUCGAGCAGUGAUCCCUCCGCGGCCAACCUCCCCAGGGAAACCGGCGAUUCGCGGUUCGGAUAGCGACCUUCGCCCGCAGGUUCCUGCUCUGCCUUCAGACCUCGGCUUCAGUGGCACCUGCUCAGCGAGGCCUCGUCUCACCAAGCCAUCCGAAUUAACUACCCACUCACUCGCCAUCACAUCACCCCGAUUUAAUGCGCAGCGGGGCACUGACUUUACACUCGUGUGUCUUCUGUGUUUAUUUAUGGUCUGUUUCUGGAAUGUCCGCUCCUGGGACUGGGACCAUGUUUUUCUGGCGCAGUGAGGGUGUCUCGGCGUCCAGGAUCGGGCGGGUCGCAGUAGGGAUCCACAUUUGUUGAGUGACUGAACACGGUUCCCGGCCGGGAAGAACGCCGCAGCUGGGUCCACUUCAGGCAGGGGCUGGGCUUUCCCGGCCCCGCCUAGGCCCCGCCCCCAGCGCGAACCCGCUCCCACCUCGCCUGUCCGCGGAGCAGCCGGGGGUUUGACUGUGCUUUUCCCUCUUGCUUCCCUCGCUCUUUCUGCAGCCGCCACGAAAACCCGGAACGGCGGAGCCACCGAGCGGCGGAGCGGCGCCGCCCCUCGCGGCACCUCCCUGGCAGCCCUUGGAGGCCGCGUUGGGCAUGCUCAGUCGGCUGGGCCGCCUCAGCUCUCGGAGUAGGAAGCUCGGGCGCUCCGGCUGUAAGGAGCCGCGGCGGGGGGAAAAUGGAGCCCUUCACCAAUGAUCGGCUUCAGCUCCCCAGGAAUAUGAUUGAAAACAGCAUGUUUGAGGAAGAACCAGAUGUGGUGGAUUUAGCCAAAGAGCCUUGUUUACAUCCUCUAGAGCCUGAUGAGGUGGAAUAUGAGCCCCGGGGUUCCCGACUGCUGGUGCGGGGUCUUGGUGAACAUGAGAUGGAGGAGGAUGAAGAGGAUUAUGAGUCAUCAGCAAAGCUGCUGGGCAUGUCCUUCAUGAAUAGAAGCUCAGGCCUUCGGAACAGUGCAACUGGUUACAGGCAGAGCCCAGAUGGGGCUUGUUCAGUACCCUCUGCAAGGACCAUGGUGGUCUGUGCUUUUGUCAUUGUGGUUGCUGUUUCUGUAAUCAUGGUGAUUUACUUACUGCCCAGAUGUACCUUUACCAAAGAAGGCUGCCAUAAAAAAAACCAGUCAAUUGGACUAAUUCAGCCAUUUGCAACAAAUGGGAAAUUGUUUCCAUGGGCACAGAUCAGGCUUCCCACUGCCAUUGUGCCACUACACUAUGAACUCAACCUACACCCGAACCUAACCUCGAUGACAUUCAGGGGUUCUGUGACAAUUUCAGUUCAGGCUCUUCAGGUCACAUGGAAUAUCAUUCUUCAUAGCACAGGUCAUAAUAUUUCAAGAGUGACCUUUAUGUCAGCAGUUUCAAGCCAAGAAAAACAAGUUGAGAUCCUGGAAUAUGCAUAUCAUGGACAGAUCGCCAUUGUUGCCCCCGAAGCCCUUCUAGCAGGGCACAAUUACACGUUGAAGAUAGAGUACUCGGCAAAUAUGUCUAGAUCUUACUUUGGGUUUUAUGGCUUCUCCUACACAGAUGAAAGUAAUGAGAAAAAGUACUUUGCAGCAACUCAGUUUGAACCCCUGGCAGCAAGAUCUGCUUUUCCUUGUUUUGAUGAACCAGCAUUUAAAGCCACUUUUAUCAUCAGGAUCAUAAGGGAUGAGCAAUACACCACUUUAUCAAAUAUGCCUAAGAAGUCAUCAGUCAUUCUAGAAGAUGGACUUGUUCAGGAUGAGUUUUAUGAGAGUGUGAAGAUGAGCACUUACUUGGUUGCUUUCAUUGUGGGAGAGAUGAAGAACCUGAGUCAGGACAUAAAUGGAACCCUGGUUUCUAUAUAUGCUGUACCAGAAAAGAUUGGUCAAGUUCGCUAUGCCUUGGAGACAACUGUGAAGCUUCUUGAGUUUUAUCAAAACUACUUCGAAAUUCAGUACCCACUUAAGAAAUUGGAUUUGGUGGCUAUUCCUGACUUUGAAGCAGGAGCAAUGGAAAAUUGGGGUUUGCUCACCUUCCGAGAGGAGACGCUUCUGUAUGACAAUAACACUUCUUCAGUGGCGGAUAGAAAACUGGUGACUAAAAUCAUUGCUCAUGAGCUGGCCCACCAGUGGUUUGGCAAUCUGGUAACAAUGAAGUGGUGGAAUGAUCUAUGGCUAAAUGAAGGUUUUGCCACUUUCAUGGAGUAUUUCUCUUUGGAAAAAAUAUUCAAAGAGCUUUCUAGUUAUGAAGAUUUCUUAGAUGCUCGAUUUAAAACCAUGAAGAAAGAUUCCUUAAAUUCAUCUCAUCCAAUAUCAUCAUCUGUUCAGUCUUCAGUACAAAUUGAAGAAAUGUUUGAUUCUCUUUCCUAUUUUAAGGGAGCUUCUCUCCUGUUGAUGCUGAAAACUUACCUUAGUGAAGACGUGUUUCAACAUGCUGUUAUCCUUUACCUGCAUAAUCACAGCUAUGCAUCAAUUCAAAGUGAUGAUCUGUGGGAUAGUUUUAAUGAGGUCACAAACCAAACACUAGAUGUAAAGAGAAUGAUGAAAACCUGGACCCUGCAGAAAGGAUUUCCUUUAGUGACUGUUCAAAAGAAAGGAAAGGAACUUUUUAUACAACAAGAGAGAUUCUUUUUAAAUAUGAAGCCUGAAAUUCAGCCUUCAGAUACAAGCUACCUGUGGCAUAUUCCACUAUCCUAUGUCACUGAAGGAAGAAAUUAUUCAAAAUAUCAAUCGGUAUCAUUACUGGAUAAGAAAUCAGGUGUCAUCAAUCUUACAGAAGAAGUGCUGUGGGUCAAAGUGAAUAUAAACAUGAAUGGUUAUUAUAUUGUACACUAUGCAGAUGAUGAUUGGGAAGCACUAAUCCAUCAGUUGAAAAUAAAUCCUUAUGUUCUGAGUGACAAAGACCGAGCCAACCUUAUCAACAACAUCUUUGAACUUGCAGGCCUAGGCAAGGUACCUCUCAAGAGGGCCUUUGAUUUGAUUAAUUAUCUUGGAAAUGAGAACCAUACUGCACCCAUCACUGAAGCCCUGUUUCAGACAGACCUCAUCUAUAACCUCCUUGAAAAACUGGGAUACAUGGAUCUGGCCUCAAGACUGGUGACCAGGGUAUUUAAAUUACUUCAAAACCAAAUUCAACAACAAACUUGGACUGAUGAGGGCACUCCAUCUAUGCGAGAGCUUCGGUCAGCCUUGCUAGAGUUUGCUUGCAUCCACAACCUGGGGAACUGCUCUACUACUGCCAUGAAACUGUUUGAUGACUGGAUGGCAUCCAAUGGAACUCAAAGCCUGCCUACUGAUGUCAUGACAACUGUGUUCAAAGUUGGAGCAAAAACUGACAAAGGCUGGUCAUUCCUUUUGGGCAAAUACAUUUCUAUAGGCUCUGAAGCAGAGAAGAACAAAAUACUAGAAGCACUUGCCAGCUCAGAGGAUGUGCGGAAGCUUUACUGGUUAAUGAAAAGUAGCCUGAAUGGAGAUAACUUCCGAACACAGAAGCUGUCUUUUAUCAUUAGAACAGUGAGUCGACAUUUUCCGGGACACUUACUGGCAUGGGAUUUUGUCAAAGAGAACUGGAAUAAGCUUGUACAGAAGUUCCAUCUGGGGUCCUAUACCAUACAAAAUAUUGUUGCUGGAUCAACUUACCUGUUUUCAACAAAGACACAUUUAUCUGAGGUUCAGGCAUUCUUUGAAAAUCAGUCAGAGGCAACCUUCCGGCUUCGUUGUGUCCAGGAGGCUUUGGAAGUCAUUCAGUUGAAUAUCCAGUGGAUGGAGAAGAACCUCAGAAGUCUCACAUGGUGGCUGUAGCAUGCACAACCGCACCUCAUUUUGUUGCCCAUUCAGAGAGCUUGUAAGCUUGGGCUCUGCUGCUUUUGCAAAAGCCAAGGUAAAGCCAGGAUCGCUGCCGAGUUGUUUGCACUCUUUGGAGUUCUAGUUAGCUCAGGGCCUGACUGUAUUUUUCAUCCAUCUUUUCUGAAGUGUCUUUGGGCAGUAUGUAGUUAUUUAUUACAAAAUUAUAUUCACCUAAAUGCCAACCAUCUACAAAAACAAUUAGUAAUUUUUCUACUUUGAAGAUACACAGAUAGGGAAAAAAACCCUGUUUUGGAAUUCUGUUCUAUUCCUCAGUAUCUAGAAAGUUACUGACACAGUAAAACAAGGAAAGCUCUACCCUAAGAGCCGCCAUCACUGCAGGCCGCUGGUUUGUCAGUCGUCUGUUGCUUCUUAUUGAUAGAUGGUAUUGGAAUGUGGUACAAAGUUAGCUCUGAAGAAUAUGGUAACGAAGACAAUAAAGCAUGCACUGUAAGAACUGACCUCAGGUGUGCAGAUCUACUUUGAUUUGGGGUUUUGAUUAAUUCUUUAGUUUUCUGAAAAAAAGUUUAAAUAAUGUCUGUAACUAUUGUGUUUUUUUCCUGCAGAAUAGCCAGGUGCUACAGAUUUUUAAAAUUUUUGUUGUAUUGAAAAGCUAAACAAGGCCAAAAGGUUAAAUUUUUUGAAUAUUUAAGACUCUUUGUCAUCUUUUAUAGCAUUACCAUAGGAAACUGUUCCAAACUGAGUUAGCUUUAAUUAUAAUUAUUUUAUUCAUAAAUGGUGAUAGUCCCCAAAUCUGUACACCUUUAUCACUCCCUGCCGUAGAUAUACUUUAGGUUAGUAUUUCUACAUUCGUGGCAAGCAUUUUGGUAACACCAGUGGUUUUCAUUGUGACUUUUAUCACUGUUACUAAGAAUGCAAUUUAAGUUGCCUUUUGGCAUCAUAGAUCAUAGAAACUUUCUCUCUGAAUCAUACCCAUGUGUGAAUUUUCAUUUUAUAUGAUAGUGUAGCAUAUUAGAAGCAUAUUUUAAAACAGAGCCUUUGAGAAAUUGAAAAAAAAAUAUUUGAAGUUCACCAUAGUACCUUAAAGGAACAAAGAGAAUGUGGGAUAGGAGUAACUUGAAUUCGUGUUUAGUAUGGUGGGCUUUGAAUUUUUUUCACUAUCAAAAAUAGUGCUUCUGUUUAGUUAAAAAUUGUAGUUUUUCUUUUUUUGUGUGUCCAAACUAACAUAAAAGGAGUGGUCAAAGAAGGAAAGAAAGAAAAAUGAGGGAGGAUGUCCGAAACUGUAUGGCAUUUUACUCCUUCUGAAAGAGAAAUACUGUACUUAAAUUUUUGAGCUAUGCAGACUUAUACCUAGAUUGUUGUGUUUCUUUGAUUCUUAGGAGAAAAGCUUUCUUCCUAAUAAUUCUUGAGAACUUUAUAUUUUGUUUGAAAACAGUUUCUAUGUACAUAAAAAGAGUAGUUACUCAUUUGUGAGCACUUAAAACACUCCACAGAGUCAGACAGUGGGAAAGGUCACCCUUUUUUUAUUCAGCAGGUAUAAAGUUAGAAUGUAUGGAAUUGUGAAUAAAAUUAUAUUUUAUUUUAUGAAAAUAUUUUUAUAUAAUAAAAUUUAAAAGGCUGGUGGGCUAAAAAAAUAGUUGUCUUUAAUCCUAGUGUGUUUUCCCCAAUUUAGUCUUUUCUAAAAUUUAUCUGUUUUAGAGUAGAAAAUAUUAUAUCCUGAGAAUCACAGAAUCAUCUAAGUAUGUCUUAUUCAACUGAGGUGAUUGUAAGUCUUUAUUCUUGUGCUUUGGUUAAAUGAAUAAUAAUUUAGUUGAUAGUGAAAGUUAAUGUGUUUUUAUAUUUUUAGAGUGAGGGAAAAAUACUAAACUUUUGAGAGUUUUGUUGUCGUUGCUGGUUUUUUACCAUGUACUAAAUUCCAUUUUGAUACAAAAUUUAAAUUUUGUAACUUCUCAAAAUCAGUUAAGAUUCUUCAGUUUUACCUGUGCUUCUUGACAUCGCUCCUAUAAUAUAUGUUAGUUAACUCUGCAUAUGGCAAAUCUUGUCUUGAAUUAUAUCAUUUCUCUCACUUUCUCUCUCUCUCUGUGUGUGUGUGUGUGUGUGUGUGUGUGUGUGUGUGUGUGUGUAGUGUGGGGGGGUAUUGUUAUGAGUAAAACUUUAUCAAAACUUGUCCUGAAAAAGAGAUAACUCAUGAUCCAUUGCUAUCUUUAUUACUCAAAGGCUGUUCAUUCCCAUAAUACCAGAUCCAUAAUAGUUGUAGUUUUUUUGUUGUUGUUGCCCUUACCUUAAUUAUUUGUAGUUUUAGUAGGCCUUGCCUCAGUUUUUCCCACAGAAUUCCAUAAUUUUAAUGUUGAACUAACCCAUCUAUAUAGGACUUCUAAAAACUACGUCAGGAAUGUAAGGUUAAAUGAGAGGUAGAACUUGUAGUGUAAUAGGUAUAAUGGUAGCUUUCAAAGUUUUAUCUUCUCAAAACAUUGUCUUAGCCAGUGCAUUUCUGAAAACUCAGACUGAAGCACAGAAGUCACAGUAUGCUUCUUUUAUUUAAGCACACAGAUUCAUGACACAAGUACUUGUUGAACAAGUGUUCUCAUUGCAGAGAGAUCUACUUGAAUAUAAAAGGGUCAUCAUACUAGAUUAUUAAAAAAGAAUUGGAAAUCUUGAGUUGUGGAAGAAAUGUUUAUGCUUUGGAGAUCUAAAAAAGUUAUGAAUGUAGGAAUUAGAUGAGUCCAGUUUGUUCUGUUAAUAUAAAACGGUUAGAUAUAUUAAACUGCAAGUAGUAUCAGCUUCACCAUAAGCUUGGGCCUUCCUCCAUCUUGUUUUAUUUAAGUCUCUUUAAAUGAAAUUUUGUUGUCAUUGUUUCAGCGUUCAUGAACUUUCUUACUAUCACAGGUUCUACUUUAAUUUUCCUUGCCAUAUGUGUUUCCAUUUUAUGGGACAUUAGCCACCAUAGGAACACAAGAGUUGUCGUCAGAAGACUCCUGGGUAUAGAGAGCAAAUCAAGCUGCAUCAGUAUUAUAGGGUACCAAACAGAAUCCUUUCUAGUAGGAAAUAAGAAAUCAGUUAAGUGUUGGCUGGGCACGGUGGCUUAUGCCUGUAAUCCCAGCAUUUUGGAAUGCCAGGGUGGGCAGACCAUUUGAGGCCAGGAAUUCUAAACCAGCUUGGCCAACAUGGCAAAACCCCAUCUCUACUAAAAAUAUAAAAAUUAGCUGGGCAUGGUGGUGCAAACCUGUAAUCCCAGCUACUUGGGAGGCACGAGAAUCACUUGAACCCAGGAGGUGGAGGUUGCAGUCAGCCAAGGUUGUGCCACUGCACUCCAGCCUGGGUGACAAAGCGAGACCGUCUCAAAAAACAACAACAAAAAAGAGUUAAGUGUUGAUUUUGUUGGAUUACUGACAGUUUGUUGAGGUGGAUUUUAAGAAGAGUCUAUUCAAACCAAAGUACCUGAAACCAUAAUCUGCCAUCAGAUUGCUAAACAUUCACAUAAUCCCCAUGUUUCAUGGGGCUUCAGGGAAGGCAAAUACAUCUGAGAUGAGCCACCUCCAAGGACAGCACUUCCUGGGCUGCAAAACUAGAUCUGGAUUUUGUUACUUAGGCCUCUCUAAAAACUGAGGCCAUGGAUAUGACAUAGCUUUUCUUCUCACCUUUGCCAUUGUUACUUUUGUAUUUAUUGGAAUUAAAUCUCUUUUUAAAGAGCUUCCUUCCCCCUUCACCCCAUUUGUAUUUUUAAAAACUAAGUUAUAUAUAUAUUUGCUUGUUUUUGCAUUCUUUUAUUUUGUGCUCCAUUCCCUGCUUUGCCAAUUAAGUACCACAUGAAAAGUAGAGGUCCAAAAGUAUGGUAAAUCUCCUCCCUUAACCUUAUUGCCUGCGUGGGUGACAGCUAAUAGAAAAGUUGAUCGAUUUUUUUUCAGUGGUUUUUUUGGGAGUAUAUACUUUAAAAAUGUACAUACAUGUUUUUGAUAGUUUUUAUAUUAUUUCAUUUUGUAUAUUUUUUUCCUGAUGAAGAGUGAUAUAUCAUCCUAUGAAAAUUUCAUCUACCCUUCCCAUUUUACCUGUAUGGGCAGUAGCUACAGACUAGUUACUUGGUUUCCUUCUUUGGAAGAAGGUGGUGAUGUUGAGAGGAGAGCAAGGUAUGUUCUUUUAAAAGUGUGUACAGAUGUUUUUGCUAUUUUGUGUUAUUUCAUUUUGUAUUUCAUUCAUCCAUUUUGUGGACGUGUAGAUAAAACAUGGUGGUCCAAAAGCAUGACAGAUGUCCCCUUUGCGUUUCUCCUUAUUGUUCACAUAGACGAUAACUGACAAAGUAGUCCUAGUUGCUGUUGUUUUGAUCUAGUCUUGAGGGCUGGGGUUGUAUAUUAUUCUUUCAAGUGUGUAUAAAUAUUGUGCCACCUUUUUAUACUUCAUUUUAUACUUGUUUCCUUGUAUGGAUGCAUAUAUACUUAAUGAAAAUUGAGGUUCAGAGUAUGACAAAUCUCCUCUUUUCCCUUUUCCUUACUGCCUAUUUAGGCAAUAGCUAAUAGAGUAGUUUGUUUUGUUUUGGGGUGUGGGAGAGAGUGGAGUAUGUACUUAAUGUAUAUAAAUAAACUUGCUACUACAUUGUAUUACUAAUUUAGUUCACACUGUGUCCUUCUCAUGGAUGUGAAAGUACCAAUGAAAUGUGAAGAUCUUGAUGUAUAACAGUCUCCCAUUCUCCUCAUCCCUUAUUGACUGCUGGGCAGUAGCUAACAGAGUAGUUGUCAAGUGGAGUAUUCGAGGUGAUGGGGAGGGACGGGGAAGGUAGGAAAAUGCACUUAAUGUAUAUAUAUGUUUUUACUACUACAUUGUAUUAAUUAAUUGGGUGCCCAGACUGAAAGGUACCUAAUGAACCAUGGAGUUCCGGAUGUAUAACAGUCUCCUCUUUUCCCUUUCCCUUAUUGCACAUGUGGGCAAUACUUAAGGGUAGUUUGGGUUUAUUGAAGAUUUUUUGCUAGGAGAGAGAAAAUGGUUUCAGGGUAAGAGUGUAUACUUUAAACAUGUAUAUAAAUGUUUUUGCUACUUUUCUGUCACUACCUUUCUUACCUUGUCCUUUACAUGGAUAUAUGAAGAAAAUUGAGUUUCAGCCUGUAGCAACUCUCCUCUUCUCCCCUUCCCUUAUUGUCUGUGUGGGCAGGUGUCUAAGAGAGUAGUUGAUUAGCUUCAGGGAUUCUUCUGUGGGUAUUGGGGUAUAUACUUUUGUAUAUGUAUGUACAUAUUUUUACUUCUUUAUUAUAGUGUUUCAUUGGGUACCCGGUCCUUCACUUGGAUGUGUAGGUUCCUAAUGAGCCAUGGAGUUAUGGAUGUAUAACAAUCUCUUCUCCCUUUACCCUUUUCUUGUAUAUGGGCAAUGAUUUUAAAGUAGCUUGGAUUUUUUGAAGUUUUGAGGGGUGGGAGGGGUCUAAGGCAGAAUAUGUACUUUUUAAAAAUGUAUAUAUACUUUUCAUUACUAUAUUGUAUUAUUUCAUGCUGUACCCAGUCCAUUGCUUGGACUUACGGGUACCUAAUGAAACGUGGAGGUCCGGAUGUAUGAAAAUCUCCUCUUUUCCCCUUUCCUUAUUGCCUCUGUAGGCAAUAAUUAUAGAGUAGUAUAGAUGGUUUUUCUUUUUUACUCCAUCUGCCUAUCUCCAGGAGGAUGGGGUGUGCACUUUUAGAAAUGUAUAUAAAUGUUCUUGCUCGUUUUUCCUGAUACUUCAUUGUGUGCCAAGGCCUUUCCAUGGAUACUUAGGUACGUAAUGAAAAUUGAGGUUCAUUCUAUGAAAAAAUCUCCCCUUCUCCCCUUCCCUUAUUGCCUGUCUCGGCAAUGGCCAGUAGAGUAGUUGUUUAAGGGAUUUUUUUUUUUUUUUUUUUUGGUAGGGGAGGUGGGGAAUUUCUGGGUUUGUCUUUUUUUUAAUGUAUAUAAAAGUUUGCUAGUUAUUGUUCUUUCACUCUCAACACAGUUUUUUGUUUGGAGUUGUAGGAAUCAAAUGUAAUGAGGGACCCAGACCCGAGAGUGUGGUAAAUAUUCUUUCCCUUCCUCAGAGCCUGUGUACACAAGCAAGUAGUAUGUGAGCACUACAGGGCUUGGGUUUUGGUUUUUUGCUUUUGAGGGUUUUAAUGAGGAGUGGGAUUGUUGAGAGGAAAAGGCAAGAUAUAUAAUUUUUUUAAUGUAUAUAAAUGUUUUGCUCCUUUUUGGUGUUAAUUUCAUUUUGAAUCUGGUCCUUUGUAUGACCACUUAGGUACUUAAUAGUAAUAAAGUUGAGAUUGACUCUAUGAAAAAUAUCCCAUACUCCCCAUCCCUCAUUGCCUAGGGGGCAAUGGUAGAAUAGGUGUUUGGUUUCUUUUGGGGGUGUCUGGGUGUGUAAGUGUGUGUAUACACACACAAGAACACACAUAUUUCUAUACUAUACACACACAUUUUAAUGUAUAUAAAUAUUUGCUACAUUCUGUGUGUUAUAUAAUGUGGUACCCAGUCCUCUUCUGGGACAUGGAUGUACAUAAUGAAACAUGGAGGUCCAGACGUAUGAUAACUCUCCUCUGUUUCCCUUCCCUCAUUGCCUGCAGGGGCAAUAGUUUCAUAUCUUCGGUUUUUUAUGGUUUGAUUUUUUUUUUUUUACGGGGAGGGGUUCUUUGGGUGGGUAAUAGUCAGGGGUAAAGGACAGUGCCUAUACUUUUUAAAGAUGUAUAUAAAUGUUUCAUGUUAUUGGUUUUGUACCUAGUCCUUGGCGUGGAUAUAUAGGUACCUAAUGAAAAUCGAGGAUCAGUGUAUGACAAAUCUCCCAUCCUCCCCUUUCCUUAUUGCCUGUGUCGGCAAUAGCAAGUAGAAUAGUUGUGUGUUGUUUACUUACUUGUCUGUUUUGGAGAGAUUUCUAUUUUUGGUAGGGGAAUAUUCUUAAUAUGUUUUCAUAUCUUUAUUUCAUUUUGUAGUCUUUUGCAUGGCUAUGUAGGGACCUAAUGAAAGUUGAGUUUCAUAAUAUGACAGCUCACUUCUUCUUUUCCUACAUAUUUCCUCACUUAGCAGUAGCUAGUAUAGUUAUUUUGUGGUUAUUUUAUUUCAUUCUCUAGGAUCUAUUCCAUUAAGGAUGCAAGUAUAUAGAUGCACAUAUAUCAUUUGCUUCUUUUUUCCGCCAUUAUUUUCCUUUAACACUUAGUCCCUUGCAAGGGGUCUGACUGUACCUAACAAAAAUAAAGACCUACUAAAUCCCUGCCAUCUGGCUGGAAGGUGUAGCAGUGUAGUAAUGUAACUAAUGGCAACAGGUGUGCAGCAGAUAAGACAGGAGAAGACACUUGGCUAUGGUUGAGUUGUGAAAGUGAAUUAGAUCCAGCAUUUCUUAUGUUGAUUCAAAUUGAAUGAGGUAGUGAAAAGGGACCUGUGCUUUUGUAAAUUCUAGAAAGGCAAGAGGACAGUAUUGAAUAAAGGUGUGUUUAAACUUCAUUGCUCAUAUAUCUUUUAGUAACUGGUAAACCGGCGAAGCUGAUAAGCCAAUAAGAGUGCUGUCUAGAACGCAUUUCCAAACCCUUAAGAGUAGCUUCUUUUUGAGGCCUGGACUUCUGGUUCAUUUAUAGAAGUCUAUUACGAUUCCAUCAAUUGCAUAGCUUGUGUACCUGGUAGAAAUUGUGUCUUGGAAUGACCCUUUCAAGUUAUUGACAUGGCUCUGAUGAAUAGAACAUGAGUCCCAAAACUAAAUCCAAAAGGAAUUUUCUACCUUUCAUCCCCAACAUGUGGCAAGACAAGUUGGCCCUUUCCUACCCAGAGGUCUUUUGUGUGACUGCAUUUUUCUCCUCCGUUCUCCAUUGUGUGCUUUCCAUUUUGUCUUUAGUGCCUAUACUGUUAGGUGUUUUCUUCACUGGCAUUCACAAAUUUAAGGCAUUGCUGCCUCAUUAGCCUUGUAUUUUGUGUGCAUAUCAUGUAUCCAGACCUGUAUGUUCACUUUAAGCAUUCUUAUAUCACACUGUCUCCUCAUCUACCAUAUGGUAAAUGUUAAAACUCCACAUUUGUCUGCAUCAGAGAAAAUGCAUGGGCACACAUAGUCCCUCCCUCCCUCUCUGCUCUCCUCCCUUCCUUCAGGCCUCUUAGCAUUGUUUGUUUUCCCAUUUCUGAUACUACUACUCCAUGCUGAAGAUUUGCCAUAUUACUAUUUUGGAAACAUUGAGUGAUAGAACUCCUAGAAAAUUUGCAAAGAAAUGUUAUAUACUGUAUAUCAAACUCUCAGGUUCUAGUGUUGAAAAAGUAGCCUAUACUUUGCUAUUACUUAUACCUGCUGCCAUAGAAAAAAAUAAGUUUAUUCAUGACACAUUUACAUUUGAUCAUAAAUAAAAGAAAAAAAGGACACCUUUUCGGAGUUAGUCAUGGUAGUCAUUAGUGAUAUUUCUGAACAGUUCUUAAUUUAAAAUACUUCAAAGGAAGUAAAGGUCAUGGCUUAGCUGAAGGAAAUGCUCCAGAAAUUGGACUGUGUAAACCAUCAGUACAAUAAUACACUGUGUAUGUAUGUGUAUAUAAAAUGAGAAUUACGGCAUAAUUGGAGCAUUUGCAUUAAUCAACAAACUCACAUUGAGACAAAACUUAGUUUUACAGCUGUCUUGAUUAAAGCCAAGUGUUCCAUGUUGCUGUGAAGAAUAGCCUCUUUCAAAUACUUUGGAAAGUAGUUACUUGGAAACUUGUAAAGGUAUUACAUUUUUAUAUUUAAACACCUAUAGAGAUCUUCAAUUCCUUGAGUCUGAGCUUGUGGGUGGAAUUCUAAAUUUGUAUCAUAAUCUGUCUUUCAUGAAAGAUUUUGAAAAUAUGUAUAUAUAAUAUUGUAUAUGCAAAUUGUGUUGUUUCACUUGUAAAGGGAAAAGGCUUAUUUUUCUUUAUAUUUCUGAUAACUUGUUUUGCAUAUGACCAGCACUGACUGAAAGGCAUGUGUAACUGCAAACACUGUUGCUUUUUUUGUGAAAUGAAAAUAAAAGUAUUUAAAUACAAA